ACUGAUUUCCCGAUGGUGGUCAAACCCGUAAUUUACUGACGUAGUGGAGCUCUCCACAAUAUUUGGCACAACGGACGCCGGAACGCUCUUCUCGCCCGCAGCAUGAGCAUCCACGGUUGGAGCAUCGAGGAGGUCUAUGAGACCGUGAAAGGCUUCGGCUUCCGAGGUCGAUGCCUCACUUUGCUGUUAGCUACGAUGCACUUCUUCUUCGUGCUAGCCAUCCCCGGUGAGUAGACCGAUUAGUAUUACUUCAGUGACGCAAUGGUUUUUGACCUUUUCCCUGCAGUUUUAUGCUGUCUUCGGGUGGAUAAUCUGAUCUCGAGCUCAUGGACGGUGGUGUUCACUCCGUUAUGGAUUCUCGACGUCAUUUACUAUGGGAGCUUGGUCUUCUUGCUCGUGUUCUCGGAUGGCAAAUUGUAUACAUUCUGCAAGCGAUUGUUGCUACUGGUUGUGCAAAUAUUCAUCGCCAUGAAGUUGGAUGGAGUCGUAGACUGGAGUCUUGUGAUGGUAUUGACACCAUACUUUACGUGCGAAGUGCUUAACUUGCUCGAGGUGGUGCUUGGUGGUGUAUUGGGACAUCAGAUGCUUGUUAGCGAUAGUAUUGGUGCUAGCGUUUCUCAGACGGAAGGGAUCGAGACAGAACGGCAGCUAUUGGUGAAGGCCGUGAUGCGUAAAACUGGUUUGACGCUGCUGCGUAUCGUCCAGGCGCUGUUGAUUGGAGUGAAGGUGGAUGGGAGUCUCGAUGGUGUAACCUGGUGGCGUGUCAUGACUCCUGUGUGGUUAGUGGCUGCUUAUCUCUUCUGGUAUCCGAUCAAGAAGUACAUCAACUCGACUUCAACAAAUCGACUGCUGGAUGCAGUAUUCACUGCGGGCGUCAUCUUCAUGCUGGUAGCACCAUUCUUCUUGCUAGCAGAUCGCCUGGAGGGCAAGAGAUUAUCGAGCUUUAACAUCGUUAUGCCAUGGAUGUUAUUGGUACGUGAUCAACCUAACCUGUCCCUAUUACUCCAGCCUGUUCAUGAAUCGUUUGUGUUUGUUGUUAGAUGGGAGCCUCGUUCCUGUUUCUGUUGUGUGCGAUCACACUGGCGGGUGCUGAACGAGUUAUUCGAAGUGGCGUUCAACCUACGCGUCGGCACACUCAAAGCUCUCCCUACCGUCACGACUACGUUGCCGUCGACAUGGACUAAGUCGUCAUAAACUUGUGGAAACACGAGAGUUUUGUAAAUGGGAAGGCCAACAUGUUGGCGUUGCUCUGUUUUAAUAAAGAGUUCAAAGCCGAGUGUUUCA